AGUCAGUUGAACCCCAACAAUGCCCAUGCGAUUUUGCUCCAUAGUUCACGCCCUGUCUAACCCUGAAAUUCCCAGAAAAAUAUAGUUUUGAACACACAAAUACGAUUUUUGCCCACUUGGUAUCAACACAGUUCUGAACUACGACCAGCAAAACGCAUAUCUUCCUCGCACUUCCGACUUUCUUCCUGUGUCCUCGUUCUGUAUGAUAGUACAGUGCACGAGACAGGAAUAGACUACAUCAAGUCGCGGCGAUCAACAUCAAUCGCGGUUCUUGCAUCUUCCGCAAGCCGACGUCUUCGGCUGACGCGGAGAAGUCUCUCGAAGUCUGCGAGGUGUCGCCGACGAGGCAGAAGUCUCUAUGAUGGCCGCAGCUACAAAGGGCAACAAGACCAGGAACACCAUGGAGGGUCGCGAGCUGCAAGAAGAGCCCGUGUCCUUCUGGCGACCGAGUCGGAACGGCCUGUUUUCCGUCUACACACAUUUUCCUGAGGUACUGAUACUGUACGUUGAUUUCGUUUUUUCUUUUUUUCGUUUCACCCUAUUAUUUCUGGUCGUAUUACCUACCGCGCGGACUAUAAAACGAGACUUCAUGUUCAUGCAUGAUUGUCUCACUGUUAGUCUUUGUCGUGUAUAACCUCACCUCCUGUAGCUCCCCCACCCCAACAGGUCGCCCGAAUUGGGACCGAUUACCACUGGAUGCCCGCGUACUGCAAGAUGAACCACAAAGUUGGUAAGAAAGAGUCCGACGAAAUCCGACCACACGAUUUCAAAUGCAUGGCGACCAAUCAGAUUGGCGAGUUCGCAGCGGAGGUUUCAGGUACAGCAGUGAAAGUGUCCAUGUCAUUUUUGCAUGCAUGAGCAUGGCCACUUGACUACACCCACGGGAAACAAACUUUCUUUGAUGAUCAGACAAAAAAGCUUUUACAAUUAGCAUGGCAUGAUAAACAAUUUGUAGUCCUCGUGUCAAGGUCUGGAACUUAGUAGCAUCGAAAAUAUCUCGUCGUUCAAAAGAAUCGGUAUGCAUGGUUCAUUCAAAAUCAAACACGACAGAAUUCAUCCCCUACGUCGUCUGCGAGAUCCUCUUGUACAUUUUUGCCAUGUUGUUUUGGAAAUCGCCCGCUUUCCGAGACUCCCACCACGUGUUUGUCGACAUGUUUUUGCUGAAGAAAAAGUUCCCAAAACUCUUCGACAUGAUGGCGGACAAGGAGCAGCAGCAGGCCUUCUACGAAGACCGCUACAGAGAGUCUCUGAGUGAGGCGGAAGCUGCAAGUGAGGGUGAGCUGCAAACGAGUAGUCGCUUCCUGCCGUCGCUGAAAUUGCGGUUUCCAAGAAGGUGAGGAAAAAUGCAACAGAACUUGUGAUUGUGUCGUGAGUUCGUUAUGCACCGUGUGGACCUGAGUCCGUUUUAGUUCCAUUGGAGCUUCCUUCGUUGCUUUUCAUUCGUUGUAUUUUAAAACCACUUCUGAUUUUUCGUAUCAAUCACAUCAGGUACAACCCCCUGAACGUGGAGACGCUCCCGGCGCAAGUCAUAGAGGACACCAGCAUUUUCUUCUCUUCCACCGCGCACGGUGGACCACUCGAGCAGACUCCGGAAGUAGACACAGCAGCAGCAGCUGCCACGACCUCGCUGCAGAACAAAUCGCGUGCCACCCUCUGCUCGACCGUCGCCACCGCGUCGCCGGAUACAACCACUUCCGGCGGUCCCAGCGAAGACGACGCUCUGACAGAUCCGGACUCAAUCGAGAACAAAUCCAUCACCAGCACGGACGAGGAAAAUUUGAAGCGCAGCAGUCCGCCACUCAGCCCGACCUGUAGUAGUUCAACGAGGGCCGGUGCGACUAACUCCACGGAUACGGUCGUGAAUUCGGCGGGCUCAACAACGUCGACUGCUUCUUCGAGAAGUUGCCCUGGUGCUAGUGGGUCGUCCUCGUUCCCGGCAGGAGCCAGCGCUUGCUCGUCGACUUCCAGCUCGAAGACCAGCGUUUGUAACUACAACACGACCAGCUCACUCGUCGCGCUGGAGGAGGACAAAGAGCUCGGGAAACUACCCGAACUUCCCAGACUACCUUAUGAGAUUCUCAAUUGUUACAUGAAUUUGUCAUGCAAAUUUACCACCAAGAUCGCCGCGGUUGAGCUGCUUCGCAUGACAAAUAUCCGAAGGGCUAAACAGCAUCUAAAUCUGUGCCAAAUCUGUAAUGCAAAAGGCGCAAUCUUCCCCCUUUCACUUUCGCCGUUCUUGCGUUACAAACUCAUGCAACAGCUGAGAGUGUAACAUUUGAGAACGCCAUAUGCCUUCCGCGAUGCAGGCGGUGGAGAAGGUUCCGGUGUUCAAAAACUGCAACAAGGACUAUGAGAGUACACAACUCCCCCUCACCCUCAUUUGUAAUGCAAAAUCUCAAAUCCAAGUUGUGCCUCUUGGCACUGUUUGCAUGACAAGUUCUGGUAGCCCAAAUAGCACUACACUGCAGUGUAAAUUUCUUUGUCAUGCAAAACCGGCAUUCUUGCUGAUACUUGUAUUGCCGUUCAUGCUAAUAUAACUCCUAUUGCUGAGCUGCGCGAGUUAAAACUUUGCGACGGGGAGGAAAACCGCCCACGUCGAAACUUUUUUCGCAGUUUUCAAACUUUCCAAAGCUUUUGCGAGUUCGCCCAUCGCCCAAUGUCCAUCGCCCAGUCGCCCACUGUCCAUCGUCCAAUGUCAGUCGCACAAUGUCCAUCGCCCAACGUCCAUCGCGCAACGUCCAUCGCCCAAUGUCCAAACUUUGCGCCGGGAAGGAAAAUCGCCCAUGUCGAAAAUUUUUUUGCAAUUGUCGAACUUUCGAAAGCUUUGGCGAGUUCGCCCACCGCCCAAUGUCCAUCGCCCAGUCGCCCAAUGUCCAUCACCCAGUCGCCCAAUGUCCCUCGCCGAGUCGCCCACGGUCCAAACCAUCGCCCAACACCCAUCGCACAAUGUCCAAAGCACAACGUCCAUCGCCCAAUGUCCGUUGCCCAAUGUCCAUCGCCCAAUCCCAACAAAAAUACUCUUUCCGUUUGCAAUAUUUCUAAGAAGAAACAUCUUGCAACCCCCGACAAAAUUUUUUUCCGUUUUCGCGACUUCUUUCCCGUUUUCAAAACUCCCAACCAAAAAUAGCAAAUAUUUUCCAACUCGAAAUAUUUUGCAACGCGAAAUAUUUUGCGCGUGGAAAUAUUUCGCCAUCCGAAAUAUUUUCCAACCCGAAAUAUUUUGCGCCGCGAAAUAUUUUGCGCGUGGAAGUAUUUCGCCAUCCAAAAUAUUUUGCAGCUCGAAAUAUUUUGCAACGCAAAAUAACUCCUAUUUUUGCUGGGCUGCGGAACUUAAAAUUUUGCAACAGGGAGGAAAAUCGCCCACGUCGGAAUUUUUUUUGCAGUUUUCAAACUUUCCAAAGCUGUCGAGAUUUGCAUGCGAAAUCGGCCAACGGCCAACGGCGAACCGCCCAAGCCCCAUCGCAGACGUCGAAUCGCCCAAGUCCCAUCGCAACUCGAACUAUUUUGCAACCCGAAAUAUUUUGCAACUCCAAAUAUUUUGCGGCUCAAAAUAUUUCGCGAGUCCAAAUAUUUCGCAACUCAAAAUAUUUCGCAAGUCCAAAUAUUUUGCAACUCAAAAUAUUUUGCGACCCAAAAUAUUUCGCGACCCAAAAUUAAUGCGAAUCGCCCAACGCUGAAUCGCCCAAGUCCCAUGGCAAACGGCGAAUCGCCCAACGGCGAAUCGCCCAAGUCCCAUCGCAAACGGCGAAUCGCCCAAGUUCUAUCGCAAACGGCGAAUCGCCCCAGUCCCAUCGCAACUCGAAAUAUUUUGCAGCUCCAAAUAUUUUGCCGCUCGAACUAUUUUGCAACUCCGAACAUUUUGCAACUUCAAACAUUUUGCGGCUCAAAAUAUUUCGCAAGUCCGAAUAUUUUGCAACUCAAAAUAUUCUGCAGCUCAAAAUAUUUCGCAAGUCCAAAAAUUUUGCAACGCAAAAUAUUUUGCGAUCCAAAAUAUUUCGCGACCCAAAAUAUUUUGCGGCCCUCCCAAAAUAUUUCGCGGCCAAAAAUAUUUCGCGACCCCAAAUAUUUUGCAACAAUCUCCCAACGCCCUGCCUCCCCGGUUUUGCAACACGGGGAAAGCGGGAAGCACGGGGAAAGCGGGAAGCACGGGGAAAGCGGGAAGCACGGGGAAAGCGGGAAGCACGGGGAAAGCGGGAAGCACGGGGAAAGCGGGAAGCACGGGGAAAGCGGGAAGCACGGGGAAGGCGGGAAGCACGGGGAAAGCGGGAAGCACGGGGAAAGCGGGAAGCACGGGGAAGGCGGGAAGCACGGGGAAGGCGGGAAGCACGGGGAAGGCGGGUGGGAAGCACGGGGAAAGCGGGAAGCACGGGGAAGGCGAGAAGCACGGGGAAAACGGGAAGCACGGGAAAAGCGGGAAGCCCGAGGAAGAAAAGCGGGAAGCACGGGGAAAACAAGCGGAAAACACGGGGGAAACACGCGGGAAGCACGGGGGAAACAAGCGGGAGGCACGGGGAAAGCGGGAAGCACGGAGAAAGCGGGAAGCACGGGGGAAGCGCGCGGGAAGCAAGGGGAGGGCGGGGAGCACGGGGAAAGCGGGGGGCACGGGGAAAGCGUGCGGGAAGCACGGGGAAUGCGGGAAGCACGGAGAAACAAAGCGGGGAGCGCGGGGAGAGCACGAGGAGAGCGAGAGGCCCUGGGAAAGCGGGAAACACGGGGAAAACGGGAAGCACGAGCGGAGGGCACACAGACGGUGGGGGGCCCGCACCGCGAACGCCGCCGGCGGCCAAGCACCAGGCGAGCAGCUGCCCACCAACCUCCCCCGGCGCCCUCCCUCUGUUCGCGCAGGGAAAGCCGCACCCCAGCACCACGCUUCCAGGCGAGCAGCUGCCCACCACCCUCCCCCGGCGCCCCCCCUCUGUUCACGAGGGGACCGGCAGAGGGCGCCACCGUCCGCCGUCUCUGUCUUGGAGGGUGCGCGCGAGGGAAGCAGGCGGGGGCGGGACAGAUUGCAUGCGGGCUAACGCGGGGGGCGCCGUUGUCCGGGGGUGCUGGGGGAGGGUGAUGGGCCCCUGCGCCUGGGGGGGGCAAUGAAUGCCCCAAACCGGCGCCCGUCCGGUCCCCCAUGCACGCGCGGCGCGCGACAGGGGCCCCAGCAAGCCCCUGCUCUGCAAGGCUGCGCGCGGGAGAAGGGCGGGGGGCGGCACCAAGGCGCGCAGGGGCGGGGCACACACGCAGGCGGCACGAACGGGCCACACCACAGACGCGCGGGCGGGGCGGCACGCGCCAGCGCCUCGCAUGGCGCGGGCUGUUCCCCUGCUUCCUUCCUCCGUCCACUGGCGCCUGCCCGCUGCCGCGCUUUGCGUUGUUGCUGGGGCAUAAGGCCUGCCGCCACGCAAGCGCGCGCCCUGUGCGGGCGGAGUCCUCGCGCUCGCACAACGACGGGAGCCACGGGCGCCAUGGCGCUCCGCCUUCGUUUUUUCAGCAAGAAGCGGCGCAGAUGCCUGGCCCCGCCCUGCGUCAAAGAUUUUUCCCUUGCCCACCCUCUGGCGUUUUUCUUUCCACCCUGUCCACUCGUUCACCCUCCCACUGCGCGACAUAAGCUGCAGCCUUGUACAAAUGAGGGGGAGGGGGAGUUGUGCACUGUCAUAAGGACCAUACGCUCGACAUUAAGGAACACGCCGAAUUCGACGGGGACGCGGUGCCAAUCUUCGUGAAGCCGAAGCGGGGGGCGUACGGCGAAGACUGCCACAUCCGCGACUUGCGAAGUGUGGUGCACAAGGUGUAUGAAGCAAAAGCGAAGAGCGGUUGCAGAAGUUCUACUGGUGGAGCAGGACGAGACUCCAGUUGUACUUCGUCAUCUUCGAGCAGCUCAUCUUCCAGGUCCUCGUCUCUAGCACCUUCGCAAGGAGCUGAACCAGAUUCCUCCUCCUGGACCUGCGACCACGAGUGGACGAAGAAGCGCGUGGAAUUUCUCCUCUUUGAAGAGCUUCUGACCAACGCGAAGCCCUUCCAACAGGCCAUGAAGGCCGGCGGCAUCAUCAAUUCACUCGCGCACCCGCUAGUCACCUUGCGCAUCUGGACGAAACGGUUCCACGAGGACAAAAAUGACUACGUCGCCGCGUUGCUCGUCGGCCCCGAGGAUGAGGAAAUCUCGAAUUCGAAAAAGAACAGCUGUUACAAGGUCGUGAAGAUGCCCAGCGAGCAGGUCGUGGCUCAGGAUGCUGAAGAGAAUAGUACGAAAGUUAGAUACGGUGUGAGGAAAUCAAAAAAACACCCGUGGGUCGAGAUCCCGGAUUUCGCGGAAAUUCUCAGGACCUGCGAGUGGGCCGCGGAUCAAACACCGGAACUGCCGAUGCUCGGUAAUAUUAUAGUGACGGUCUUCAUUCAUAUUCCUACUUGGAUUUGACAAACUGAAUCUACGUACAUCGAUAGGAUUCUGAGUUUUCCAGUUCCACCUCUAAUUUGUAUUUGCGUCAAAAACGCCACGAAUAUGAUAAUAUAGCUACGAACAACUUAUUUUUUUUUCUUGUUUCAGGUUCCGACUUCGCCGUUUGUGCCGAUGGUUUCUACCUGUUAGAAGUAAACCCGAUGUGUUCCUACACGCGGUACGCGCACGUGCUUGGCCAUUUCUACACCGAGGAGGAGGUGGACUUGUACGUCCGGAGGCAGAAUUUGAGUUCCUGA